UUAUCCCUAUAUUGAAUUUUGUGUUAGUUUAAAUCUUUUCAUUAGCACAUUCUCUUCCUAUUUAUGUACUUAUUUGCUGAUGCAACUAUUUGGUUUUUACAGGAUAGGUACAGAGCAUGAAAAGUUUGGUUUUGAGUUCAAAACUUUGCGACCUAUGAAUUAUGAACAAAUAGCAGAAUUGCUUAAUGGUAUUUCAGAGAGAUUUGAUUGGGAUAAAGUAAUUGAAGGUGACUAUAUUAUAGGACUUAAACAGGGGAAGCAAAGCAUAUCGGUUGAACCUCGAGGACAGUUUGAGCUCAGUGGUGCACCUCUUGAAACUUUGCAUCGAACAUGUGCAGAGGUUAAUUCACACCUCUAUCAGGUUAAAGCUGUUGCAGAGGAAAUAGGAAUCGGCUUCUUAGGGAUUGGCUUCCAGUCUAAACGGGGAAUAAAGGAUAUUCCUGUUAUGCCCAAGGGAAGAUAUGAGAUAACGAGAAAUUACAUGCGUAAAGUUGGUUCACUUGGACUAGAUAUGAUGUUUAGGACUUGCACGGAUCAGGUUAAUCUGGACUUCAGUUCAGAAGCUGACAUGAUAAGGAAAUUUCGUGCUGGUCUUGCUCUGCAACGUGUGAGAACAUUAAUAUUUUGCCAUCCCCUGAAAUUCUCUGCUUUACAAAUUUCCAACUAGUGUAUCUAAUGAAACAAAUAGCAGCAGCUCUAUUUGCAAAUUCGCCUUUUACUGAAGGAAAGCCAAAUGGUUACCUCAGCAUUAGAAGGUUCUGAAAACUUACUAUAAAGUCAUUUUUUCAUAGUCUUCUCUGUUUUCAUAUUUAUUGAUUUUUCUUUAAAAAAAAAAAAGAAUUGAACAGUCAAAUCUGGAGUGAUACUGAUAAUGAUCGUACGAGCAUGUUUCCAUUUGUUUUUGAUGACUCUUUUGGGUAAGCUUUGUUUAUGUUAACAGUACAUACAAGUGCUCUGUGACUUUAAAUUAGCUUGCUUAGAAAAUCCAGUCCUAUUAUUGUGAACAUUUCAAUCUAUCAGAUCCUUGUGAGAAAUCAUCCUUUCUUGUGUCUGGUUAAUUACAUGAUGGUAUUUUAUUUAUGUGUUGCAUGUUUGAGCUGUAUGUUGACUAUGCUCUUGAUGUUCCAACGUAUUUUGUAUAUCGGAAAAAGAACUACAUUGACUGCACCGGGAUGACAUCCAGGGUUUCCAUCUAUCCUUGAUAGUCUUGUAAUUUGAAGCUUCUUCUGUAGCCAUUCUUUUUUACUCAUGCAUUCAGGCCUCUGUGUUGCUCAACAUUCUUUUCCAUAAAAUCUUGAUAAAUAUUUUGACCUCAAAUUUCUUUAUUCUGUCAGAAUGACAGUACUCAUGAUUCAGGAUUUUAUGGCCGGAAAACUUCCGUGUAUUCCUGGUGAACUGCCGACCCUUAAUGACUGGGAAAAUUGUUUGACAACAAUAUUUCCAGAGGUCUAUUGCUUAAUUCGAGAUUGACUUGCUUAAACUUUAUAUUUUCUCUUAUUUAAGCCACAUGUGAUUCUUUCCAUUCAGGUUCGACUUAAGAGGUACCUGGAGAUGAGAGGUGCUGAUGGAGGGACUUGGAGUUAUGUGCUUUGCCAGCGUUUUGGGUGAUUGGCCCCUUUUAUGUGCUUAUGCACAAUCCAUAUCGUGAAUGAUUUAGUAGUACCUGUGGAAUGAAAAUCAGUGCUUCGACAAUUUUAUAUGAAAACACUCUUAAGGCUAGGUGUCUCAAUUUGAAUAACGUUAUUUCGUGUUUUCAGCUUUGGUUGGUCCCACGUUGAUAUGCUGUCGAGCAUCUACGUGUAAUUAUAAACUGUAUAAUGAUUUCUCAAGCAUCUCUUUUUCCACAUUGCUAUUACGGCCAUUUAGGUUAGCCUUUAAACUGUUAUGUAUAACGUUAAGUUUCCUGUUAUGUAAUUUUAAUUCAAUGGGGCUUGUUUUGUGCCUAUAUUAAUGACUGUAUAUUUUCAUCUUUCUCAUAAUCCAUAUCUUCCUUUCCAGGAUGUGUGUAUGCUUGCUCUCUUGCUUGUUGAAAACAGAAUAUUAACUGUAUAAUUUCUGCAAAAGUUGCUUAUCUUAAGUUUCUUUCUGUUUUCAGGUGGGUUUGUUAAAUGAUGAGGUCUCACUCCAGAAUAUUCUAGACAUGACAGCUGAUUGGACCACUGAAGAGAGAGAAAUAUUGAGAAAUAAGGUAAUUGAAACGCUCCCUUAGCAAUGUCUCUUUAGGAGGGUAGAAAUACUCCCUUUUUUGUUAUGAGCACUUUGGUGUCCUUAGAUGUUCUAGGCUUGCAUUUGUUGUCAGUCAUAGAAGCAUACUUUAUGCCCUUUAUGCUUAAGGUCCCAGCCAUUCGCUGCAACCAAAAAAAAGAAAGGAAAAAAAUGAAGUGGCACCAAGUGGGUGCUGAUCCAAGUUGAUUAUGCUCGAGUUUGUUUUACAACUUAUUCUCAAUUUUUGGAGUGCAACUUAAGAAUGUCUCUGGCAAAAAAUAUAAAUUCAAAAUUGCGUUUAGUUUACAGUAUUGAGAUACAUGUAUACAGCUUUUGCUUUGUCCUUUAUGCAGUGCUAAGACUGCAGGUCUAAGUUCAAAGAUCUGUUUAGUAGGUUCCAAAGACUGGUUUAAAGGCACCAUUUCGGUAUGGGUUCUUGCAGCAUGUAGCAGAAGAUGUAUUGAAGUUGGCAAAGAUAACAUAAGAUAUUUCUAUUUUUUUGUUUUGUUUGAAAUCCUAAACUAGUCAUUUUUUCUGCUGCUGCUGUCGUAGAUUUUACAGUUACUUUUUAACUCUAAUCAAUAGCCAUGUGGGAUGGCUUGGAAAGAAGAGGCUUUAAGGAGGCAGGG